AUGCCAUUCACUGCCAUUGUCAUGUACCCCAACGAUGCCGAAAUCCGCUUCGACGAGGACUACUACAUGAAGACUCACAUGCCUCUUGUCGAAGCCACUUGGAAGAAGUACGGCCUGAACAGCUGGCACGUUACUAAAUUCCCCAAUGCGCUGGACGGCUCGCGCUCUGAGUACCUCAUCAUGGCUACUCUUGAGUGGGAAAGCCAGGAGUCUUUGCAGAAUGGUCUGAAGGACGAGGGCAGUGCCGCGGUGUUCGCGGAUAUCCCUAACUUCACCAACGCGAAGCCUAUUACUCUGGCUGGUGCAAAGCUCUAA